CUCGUCUUCUAGAAAUAUGCACAGAAGAGACAGACCAGGCCAAUGUCUCUGUCUCUGACUCCGUCUUUACAUCAUCGUCAUUCCUAACUACGUUUCAAUUCAGUCCUUACCGUCAAAUGCUCAUGAUAUAAUUCCUCAGAUCUCUUUUUCUCCUCUUCUUCUCUUUUCGAGAUGGUUUCGUUCUUUGGCCUCAAGCUUGGAGGCGAUAGGAAAAGGUCACAGGACAAGAAGCUAGCUUCGAAACAAAUACAACAUUUACAUCGCAAUGAAGAAUCUGUCUCGUCAACCCCCAAAGACCUCCGCCGACAGAGUAACUUCUCCCGUCCAAAUCUCGCUCGCCCUGGUACUUCCAGCUCUCAUCUCGACCCACCAACACAAUGGAAAGCCCCUUAUAUGAACGGUACAGGAGGUGCCUCCUCCAUGGUAGACCUGGGAGCACCGCGCGCACCAGGAAUGGGAAAUCCGCGGUUUCACUCGUCAGAUAUAAUGCUCAACACACGCUUCGGUAAUGGUAGUUCUACGAGUCUCGUUGCGCCGGGCGCAAGACCUGGCUCACCUACACGUCCUGGGACGGCCAUCUCGACAAAGGAGCCUGAGAAUCCCUUCAAUAUUCACUUCGGUAAAGAUUCUGUCAGCAGUAUACCGCCGACGCCCCAGGAUGAACCAAGGGGUCAUGCGGAACCCUUCGAAUUCAAUCUCGGAAACGAAAUUAAGGAAAUCAGAAACAAGAGUCCUGUUCCUACGGCUAACAAUGGAUAUCCAUCUCCUCCACCCUCGAUUGUCAACGCUGAGCGAUCUUUCUCACCGGACCCGCGACCUUCGAGCAGUCGUCAGAACGUGCCCACUGCACCUAGUCUUCGGAACCCCAGCACUGCAGGUCCAAUGUCUCUCCCAAGUCCAGCUGUAUCAGUUGCUAGAAGCGACGAUGUCUGGGAGCCGCAGCCUCCUGUUAUUCGCAAUGUGACAGCCAAGCGCGACACUUUUACCUUUCAUACGCCUAGACGGCAGAGCUUUACCAUGGACAUGGAGACGCGUGAGAAUCACAAGCCAAUGGUUGAGGGACUUGCUGGAAAUUUUACUGGAUUCGACUUUGGUGAGACAGUUAGGAAGGGCAGUAUUGGAAGUAAGAGUUUGGAUACUUCGACUGAGGGUGGAGUGAGUCCUACGGACACGAAUGUGAAGCCCAGGGUGCUCGGAACGGCGAGAACGGCUAGUCCUUUGAGGACUAUGCAGUCGAGUCCAAGUCUGAGCAUGAUUGAUACGGCAUUGACACGAGCUCGAACUGCGAGUGAUGCCAUGUCUCCUCUCUCGUUGGUCUCGUCACUGGCAUCCGCGGCAGCAGAGGAGACGCCGCGUAUACAGACACCUCAGCCUUCUCAACAGACAAAGCCGACUCAACAGCCUCCCAAGAUUCUCCAGCCCGGCCAGCUCUCGGAACCUCUUCAGGCGAUCAGACCUGUCUCACCCUCGCGCUCUCCUCAACCUUCGCCUCUUUCUCAACCUCCUCAGCAGAACUCUCCAGGACCAUCUCCGAUUCUCUCCAACUUCCCAGGUCGAUCGCCAUCUCCGCCAAUGGUAGAACCUCAUUUCCCUCGAUCUCCUCCCCGACCACUCAUGCAAACCCUCCAGCCAUCUCCUCAGUACCCGACAAAGCAGUACAAGGCCUAUCAACCUCCGGACUCUUCUCCGCCAACGAAACCACUCCCUUCGCCAUACCGGUCACCUACCGCUCCUCUCCCGCCUGUACCACCACCUCGCUUGAACCCUGGUAACAGAAGUAGGAGUAACACUCCUGAUACGGCAGCGAGUACGAACCCGGGUUACAUGAACCGACCUCUCGAACCUCCGCCUCGUGGCCUCCGUGCCCGAACUGACUCCGAGCCACGACUUGGCCGACCUCUUCGCGUUCCAGCUCCUCUAGUCGAUCGCUCGGCUACCAUUCCCAUGGUUGGGCCUGGACCUCGAAGUGCGGUCGGUCCAGGCUUUGAUGAGAGCGGUUUUGUUCGUACUGAGCGUCUUCCUGAACCACCACGAACAGCCAGCCCUUUCUCGCAACAAAGCCCCAUGGAAGGCGAGUUUCCCGUUCAAAAAGGUCUUCCUCGAGGUCGCAGGCCUCAACCUCCUGAGAUGCAAAGUCCCGAAAGGCCGUUUGGCCUGGAGCCAAGAAAACAGCGCCGCCAACCUCCUAUGUAUCCUCCGCCCAGAAGCACAGAGUCACCCGUGGCCGACUCGCAACUGGAUGAAGUUUUGAACCAACCCGGCACACCAAACUGGAACGACUUCGACCGCGCCGAAGCGCACAAGUCCGCUAUCCCAGCUGCUCUCUCACCUUUUCGCACACAAUUCACUCGAUCUCCCACACAAGCCACCGACGACUCUUUAAGCCCACGUCUCGCACAAUACGCUUCCUCGCCCAUCUCAGACACACCACCCAGUCUACCUUCACCAUCCUUCCCAUCGCUACAAAAGUCAAUCUCCAGCUCGAGUGAAAAUCUCGCGCGUACUUUUGACAUGAUGUCUGAUGGGAACUACGAGCGACAUGAGCAGAAUCAAGCUCGGCCGCUCAUUUCACCUGUGAUGGCGGACUUUGUACCCCCGAGGGACAGAGACCGCAGCAAGACUCGCGUCGAGGCAAAGAGAGCACCUCCUCGUCCUUCGCCAAUUGUUCCUCCAUCGCUGGCCGCAGGAGCAGAGCCGACGAGAGUCAGAACUCCUAAUCCCGUGGUAGAUGCGUUCAAUCCUGGCUUUAUAUAAAUGGAUUAUAUCAAAGCGAAUCAUCUUUAUAUCUCGGCUUUUUAUAUCUCAGCGAGUUGGAUUUCAAAAAAGAGGCAAAAGACCCUCACGACUUUUCUUUUCUUGUUUAGCUAUCGCUUAAUCGCUUAUUCCCCCUUUUUUCUUCUAUCACAUUUAUUUUUUUUUUGGAUAUGGCGUCUUUCGCUUAUAGAUCUAUCACAUACCCCCGUCCCUCGCUGCGUUCUUUACUUUUGUUUCUUCUCUUUGUAUAUAGUCAUCAUCAUUAUCAUCGGGACAUGAUUAGUGGAUAAUGUCUAAGGAAUACAACAUCCAGUGCCUUGAGCCUGGAUCUUACAUGA